AUGCUUUCAUAUAUAUUCAACAAAAAUUAAUUUUAUUUUAAGACAAAUUAACUUAAUCCAUAAAUAUUUUAUAUUCAAUAGCUAUUUCCAGUUUCUAAUUCGUUUCAUUAAUUUUAAGCUUCUUUGAAAAUCGGAGAUUUCGUAGAUGCAAUUAAAACGGAAAAUAUUUAUUAUAAAAAUAGCUGGAGUAGGGCAAAAAUAAUUAAAUGUAAUGAAGAAUAUAUAUAACUUUAAUUCUUAAAUACUUCGAUUGAUUAUAAUAAAUAAGUUUGGAGAUAUGGAUUUGAAAUUAGGCCGUUUAAAUCUAUGUGCCCAGAUGAUGAUUGGGAUUGGAGAUUUUAAAUUAAUAAAGGAGAUUUAGUUGAUUGUUGUGAUAAUUCUCAUGUUUGGUAUAAAUGUACUGUUUUUGAUUUGAAAAAUGAUGGAGAUGAAUUAUUUAUUUUUAUAGGGUAUAGAUAUUAUGAUGAGAAUGGAGUUAAAACAGAUUAGAAAGGAAGAUUUUUCGGUUGGUAGGCUUAAUAUGAUGAAUGGAUGGAUGUAACUAAUCCUCGUUUGUAAAAAUUAGGCACUCAAGCUAAAAAAGUAUACACGAAAGCUUCCACAAAUAAUAAUUAAGAAGAAAUGAUUGACGAUUUUUCAGAUCGGGUAUAGAUUUGUGAAAAUUUAGAAGAGGAAAUAUUUGCUGUUCCUCGGAGAAAUUAUUGCACGUCAUUUUUUUUAAUAAGUGCUGUAAAUAAGUUCGGGAAAAAAGGCGGAUUUAAAUUAAUAAAAGAAAAAAUUGCAAAUUUCAAUGAAAAUGAAUGGUGUUAAAUUGAUUUUUUAGCUUCCUAUAUGAAUAUGUUUGAUUAAAUUUAGGGUAUUUUUCAUUGUAAUUUUGCAAAGAAAUACUCUAAUGAAUUAAUUUAUGCAGUCUAAAAAAAUGUCCUGGAAAGUCCUGCAAGUAAUUUAAGAAAUUUCACAAAGGAAAAAAUCGAUUUGGUUAAUAGAGGUUUAGAUGGUUAAGGAUGA